GGAAAAGAUGGUCGCGCCUAAAUAUGAGCACACAAAAAAGAGAAGGUUGUUCUUUAUGAAGAAACGGAUCCUUCAUAGCCUGACUUCAAGCACCACAUGAGGGAAGCAUUAUCGAUACUAAGAAACUUUCUGAUCCAGUUCACGUAGAUUACAGACUGUUAUCUCAUCUAUGAUAAUUUACACGUAGUAGUAGUUUACCUUUCUGUAAACCCCCGGUGUGGGAUAAUUUGUAGAGCCCAGACUCCAGAGGAGAAUCGAUAGGUCUCAAAAUUCCUAAAUGGCUAAACCGUUAGGGCCUUAAUUAUAGGGAGUAUUAAUUAAUAUUGCCAAUCAAACCCCACAAGUUUCUCAAAAUCCCUCCCGUUUUUUAGCUUAGAUUGGUAUUAGUCCAAGCAGAACGGCAGAAGAUCUAUGGGAGGGAGGUGCCGUUUCUUGCUUCUUCGACCAGCAAUGGCUUUGUCGUUACAACGUUACACAAGGGCAAACAGGACAGCCGUUUUACUCAACUGUUUGAAAGAAAGAGAACACAGAGUGAGAGGUCGAGGUCAAUGACAGUCACAACAGAGAAGGUAGAUCAUUUGCAUGAAAGCGGGAUCAGGGUUUUAAAUAGUGGCCCGCUACCGCUAUAGCGGCCGCUAUAUAGCGGUCGCGGUAGGGGUCGCUACCGCUACGGCCCGCUAUUCCGCUGUGAAUUUCAAAUCACGAGAAAAAUCUGUUACGCCGCCCGCUACAGCCCGCUAUUGGCAUUUUCGAUAGUACGUCACGAACAUAUUGAUGUGUAAAUGUGUCUAUGUUGUGUGAAUGAUGUGAAAAAAUACAUUGAUGGUGAUGUGUGGAGUGAAACUCCAAAUGAAAUGUACAUUUAUCCACAUUAUGGUAGCAAAUAUUAAUAAACAUGUAAAUUAUAAUUAUUAAAGCCAAAUUAAUUAUUAAUAAAGAUGAUAUAACUUUAAUAUCGAUUGAAAAUAUUUUACGCUGCUGCAAUCGCUACAGUCGGCUACAGACCGCUACAGGCCGCUACCACGAUGACCGCUACCGCUGCCGCUACGGCUAUUUAAAACCUUGAGCGUGAUCAUAGAGGUUCUCUCGUGGCUGCCAGCAAAAGAACUGCUACAAGAGUGUGAGCAAAACAUGGCAUGCUAUAAUAUCAAGUCCUCAAUUCAUAUCGAAACAUAUGAAAAACUACUAUCAUAGAUUAACAAUUAUUGUUGAUAUAGUUCGAUUCCUUUUAGAGGGUGGAUUGGCUUUUCGAGGUCACGAUGAAUCAGAUACUUCAGUGCAUUCAGGUAAUUUUCUUGAACUCUUGAAAUGGGAGUGUAUACGGCAUCCACAUAUAAAUAUGGUGAUGAACUCAAACGCUCCCGGGAAUAGUCAACUUACCUCUCCUAAAAUCCAAGUAUUUUUCUCUAUUGAUUGAUGAGGCUCGAGAUAGUUCAACAAAAGAGCAAAUGUCUGUGGUUUUAAGGUUUGUUAAUAAUUGUGGGGAGGUGAUUGAGCGAUUUCUAGGUGUGGUGCAUGUUAGUAACACUUCUGCGCAUACAUUGAAAAAUGCCAUUGAUGAUUUUUUUGCAAAGUAUAGUCUUUCAUUGUCUAAGGUUCGAGGUCAAGGUUAUGAUGGAGCGUCAAACAUGAGUGGUGGGAUUAAUGGCUUAAAACAAAAAAAUUUAGAAGAAAAUAAGCAAGCACACUAUGUGCAUUGUUUCGCUCAUCGCCUUCAGUUAGUGAUUGUUUCCUUUUUGAAGAACAAUGGAAUAGUUGGUAGUUUUUUUUAUCAUCUUAUCAUGAUUGUGAAUGUGGUUG